AUGAAAGCCGGCCUUGGACUCCCACGGGAGAUCAUCUCUGAGCUGCAAAAGGAGGUGAAUAUUAUCAUCCAUGCAGCCUCUACAAUCAACCUGACCUAUUCACUUGAACGGGUGUUUGAACAUAUCGUCAUCCCAAGCGAAUCGUUAGCUCAGAUGGCUCUGGACUUUACCAACCUAGAUCGAUUUGUCUAUGUAUCCACGGCCUUCGCCAAUACACAUCUUUACAAGGCUUCCAACAAGCCUCAAACAGUGAUAAACGAAGACAUCUACCCACUCCUGGGUGAAGGAAAAUUGUUGGAUGACAGCCUUCUCAGUGCCCAAGAUGCCCGUGACCAAAUCAAGAAGACGGGCUCCUCGGCUGAAUUUGAACUCCAUGACUUUCCCUGGCCAUAUGCGUAUGGAAAGCACCUCGCAGAACGAUUGAUCCUCAAUCUCUUCAUAGAGAAAGGAUGGACGUCCAAGGUGCUAAUAGUCCGCCCUUCCGUGAUAGGGCCGGCGGAGAGAUAUCCAUACCCGAGCUAUAGUGUUCCCUUCUCAACGCCAUCAACCGCUCUUGGAGCUGCGAUGAUUGCGUCCCCUAUUUUUAGCGUCACAGUGCCUACGCGGUGUUCAAGACCAGAAACUGAGGCUACCAUUGAUGAGGUUCCAGUGGAUGUUGUUGUUGAUCGAAUGGUAGCCCACAUGGCCUUUAAUACCGCCGGAUGCGUUCAUGCCGUGGGAGGCGAACGUGGCCGUGUUAGCUUCGUAGACUUCUGGGGCGCCGCUAUGAAGCUAAGAAGACUGCCGUGGGAGCCGCGCAUAGUUUGGUCAUCAACUGUUGAUUGGCAUUCACCGGACUUACAUCCUGUGUUACGACUGUAUGUUAUUCUCGGCACUGCCUUUCUCUUCAGAGAGGAGAAAACAGAUAAACUUUGGAAGAGACUUUCCUCCGAUGAACGAGAAGAUAUGAUAUUGUUCAGGAAUACGGCAGGGAAGUCAUACGAACUGAUGUCAAGGCGAGAGCACAUUCGCCUCCUCCUCAGACUGUUUGCAAGGCGAACUAUCUUUCCAGCGUGGUUAUUGGUCUUUUUGUGUCGUUGA